AUGGCAUGUACCAUAGGUAAUGCCACUACCAUUGACAUCAGCUCUACUACCGCUGCUGUUAGUGAUACCACGGCAUUAACAUCAAACCAUCAUUCUUUCACAUUUGCUAAUAUUAUGGGACAGGGUCGAGUGAAUCAACUUGGUGGUGUAUUUAUCAAUGGCCGUCCGUUGCCCCAGCACAUCCGGUUGAAAAUUGUUGAAAUGGCUACCAAUGGUGUGAAGCCGUGUCAUAUCAGCAGACAGUUACGAGUUUCACAUGGUUGUGUAUCAAAAAUUUUGUACCGUUAUGCUGAAACUGGAUCUGUAUCGCCUGGACAGAUCGGUGGUAAUCCACGAUCACGCAAAACGAUUCUAGCAUUAGAGGAGCACAUAGAUCGAAUUCGUCAAGAUCGACCCGCUAUCAAUGCUCAUGAAAUUCGUUUGAUGCUCAUUGAUAAAGGAAUUUGUAGUCGUUCGAAUGCGCCAACCAUUUCUUCAAUACAUAAAUACAUGAGGUUAGAUAGGAGUAUGCGAAGCGGAAUCCAGACUCAUCACUACUCGUCGAAAGCUUUGCUGAAACAACAUAAAGUUUUCACGUUAAAACAUAGUAUAGAUGGCAUUCUCGGUACCUUUACAGGAAAAUGCAAUAGUACUGGACAGUUACUCCCAGAAUAUCAAACAGAAAUGGUUGGUAGGACUCGUAGAAAUAGAACAAGUUUCACGCAGGAACAGCUAGAGGUAUUGGAAGCAGCUUUCAAAGCGAAUACCUAUCCGGAUCAGGAAUUGCGUGAGCGUCUUGCUGCAGCAACCAAAUUGGAUGAGGGUAAAAUACAGGUUUGGUUUAGCAAUCGUCGAGCUCGAUGCCGGAAAUCUCUAGCAACAUCAACAUUUAAUCCAUUCUUGUUUCAUCCAAAUUCUUCUGCGCCAUAUUUUCAAGAAAUGGACAUCAUAGCAUCGUCAAGAACUGAUAUUGAUACAUCCUUUUUAUUAAAUCCAUAUACAACUGCAGCCGCUGUUGCCGACAUACACUCAAUAAACUUUGCAGAUUUACCAUCACUGUUGUUUCCAGCAAGCGUCUAA